AUGGAAACAAAGAGUUUUAGGAUUAAGAAAAAGAGAUGUUAUAGUUCGAAGCGUUUUCGAAGAGAUAAUCUCAGCUUGACAGCACAGCUAAAAUCUCCUUAUACUGGAAAUAAUUUCAAAUAAACUUCAAAUAAAAGAGUCAAAACUUAUGUCAAGAAUAGGAGAUCUCAAGACAAUUUCAAGCAACUUCAAAGCAACACCCUAUGGGAUAAUGACCCCUCAAAAAUUCAAUCCCUUGUGAAGAGAGAGCCCCUUAAUGAAAAUUGAUCCAGAGAGAACCCUUGCAAACAAAAGCAUUCAUAGUCAGAAGUUGAGUCAGAUGAAUUGAAAGCCUUAUCGGACUACACAGAAUUUUUACCGUACCAGGAAGCUCUCACAAGAGCCUCAGGAUCAUGGAUUUCAAUCUUCUCCGUCACUCUCUAGCAAGCUAGACACUGCAAACUUAAUCGGCAAGGUUAAGCACCUUGAGUCAGAAAUAUCUGAAGUAAACCAAUUAGUCAGCAAGGGAAAAUAACGAAAUUGAAGUACUCAAAAUUGAGAAAGACACUCUAAGUCAUGUCCUUGACAGAAAGAUAUCUGACGGGACUCAAAAUUUAGAUAACUACAGUACAUUUAUAGCUAGUGAGCUUAAAAGGCAUUACCAGAAGCAAAGAUUGGAAAAUAACAGGCUCUCAGAACAACUUGUCAAAGUCAAUAAAUACAGGACAUCUCUUAAGCAGAAAGUAAUAGAGCUUACUCAAAGGGUUGAGGAACUUGAGGAGAUCGUUGGGCCUCAAUUUGAUCAAUAG